AUGUCUGUAGGAACCGAGAUUAAGUAUGGUAACUCCAUGGUUCCUGAUCAUGAAACUGAGCAGAGGCCUCACGAAGUUAGCUUUUCGGUUGACAAGAGUAAGGCUCAGGAAGUGACUAAGGACAUAUCACAUGUUGGAUGUCAAGAUAAUUUACAAUGGAGGCAUGGAUUUGGAUAUUUUACACAAGGUGUCGGAAAGGGACAAGCGCUUGCAUCUCUGCUCAAGAAGGGAAACUCCCUGUUAAUACUCUUGCUUGCAGCGUCUCUAGGAACAAUGUUGAGCUGUUUAGCAUUCCAUAUGUUUCUAACGUUAUGGCGCAAUGCUCAAGAAGAGCUGUUAGAAUGGCACGCUGAAAAUGCUCAGUUGUUCCAAAAGAAACCAAUGAAGUUUGAUUUUGUUAUUAUCAAGUUAGAAUUGGUUACCAACCAAAAAUUUCCUGCUGAUCAUGUGAUGAUAUUCAUUGGUAUUGAGUCUUAG